AUGUUAUGUUUUAAAAUAGACCUGGAAGUAAUGAAGCCUUUAAUAGAAGAACAGAGUUCAGACACAGACUAUGACUAUGACAAUGAAACAGAAUUACUGUCUGCAGAGAAGGACUAUCAGCUUGAUGAUCAGGAGGGCAUUACAUUUCUCCAAACGCUUACUCACCUCCUUAAGGGAAACAUUGGGACAGGGCUUCUGGGCCUCCCACUUGCAAUAAAAAAUGCAGGCAUUUUGCUUGGGCCAAUCAGUCUUUUCUUCAUUGGAAUUGUGUCAGUUCACUGCAUGCAGAUUUUGGUACGAUGCAGCCAGUAUCUAUCCAUCAGAUUGAGAAUACCUUUCUUGGGGUAUAGUGACACAGUUAGCCAGGCCAUGGAAGCAUGUCCCUUUAACUUAUUACAGAAACGAUCGUCUUGGGGAAGAUACAUUGUUGACUUCUUCCUUGUGAUUACCCAGUUGGGCUUUUGUAGCGUUUAUUUUGUAUUCUUAGCUGAAAAUAUGAAACAAGUUUGUGAAGGAUAUUUUCAUACUAAAUCAGCUGCUAUGAAUACCACAGGAAGCACUGGCACCUCAGACAAAAGGACCAUUGAUUUGAGAUUAUAUAUGUUAUGCUUCCUUCCAUUCAUAAUCCUCUUGGUUUUCAUUCGAGAUCUUAAGCAUCUGUCUGUGUUCUCAUUCCUUGCAAAUUUAGCCAUGGCCAUCAGCUUGAUCAUGAUUUAUCACUAUGUUGUACUGGGUUUAUCUGAACCUCGAAAACUGAUUCUGGUGGCUGGAUGGAACAGGUAUCCCCUUUUCUUUGGCACAGCUAUAUUUGCAUUUGAAGGAAUAGGAGUGGUGCUCCCCCUCCAGAAUAGGAUGAAAGAAGUUGACCGCUUCCCAUUGGCACUCAACAUUGGCAUGGGAAUCGUGAUGGCCUUGUAUAUUUCAUUAGCCACCCUGGGAUACGUACGCUUUGGGGACGAAAUCAAAGCCAGCAUCACUCUCAACCUGCCACAAGAUCGAUGGCUGUACCAAAUGGUCAAGGUACUUUAUUCCUUUGGGAUUUUUGUGACCUAUUCGAUUCAGUUCUACGUUCCAGCUGAGAUCAUCGUUCCAGCUGUAGCCGCCAGAGUGCAACAGAAGCUGAAGCUGAUCUCUGAGUUGAUAGUGCGAGUGCUUCUGGUCUGCUCAACCUGUGCUAUAGCGAUAUUAAUCCCCCGUCUGGAUAUUGUGAUCUCGCUUGUUGGAGCCGUAAGCAGCAGCACUUUGGCUUUGAUCAUGCCCCCCCUGAUUGAAAUCCUCACCUUUUCCAAGGAGAAACUAAGCGCAUGGGUGAUAUUCAAAGAUGUUUCCAUAGCCUCCCUUGGUGUGAUCGGCUUCAUAGCUGGCACAUAUGUAAGUGUUAAAGAGAUCAUCUGCCCCACAACCUUGUUUUCCAGCAACGCCACAGAUGGGUCAGCGAGCUGUUUCAACACUUCACACUUGGCCAGGGGUGCCAAUUAACGUCAGAAGAUUGUGGGCCUCUUGAAUUUCAUAAUAUGGAUGUGUUUACAAACCAAAGAGGAUGACAGAUUCCAAGUGGAAAGGUUUCGAGAGACCAGUCAGAGGGGGGUUUUUUGGCCAUCUAAAUCUGCUCCUGUGGCAGAUGCGACUUAGUCAAGAUCUUCCUUUCCAUUCAAGUAUCAUGGACUGCUACGUAUUUAUUUGCAAAUGGGACCGGAAAUCAAAAAUACUUCUUGAUAUCAUGUUCGGACGUCUCACAUUGAGAGGAUAAUCUCUGCCAACGUCUCUAUUUAAGGUUUAGUGAGUCUUCUUCGUGUAACUUCAGAGAUUAACAAGAUUUAUGCAAAAAUACAGAUACUGUCUGUGCGUGUAUGUAUGAAGCCCCUUUUAUGUUUUGUAGAGCACAAGUACAAACAGUUCUCAGUGGAUUAUAGUCUCCAAGUUGCCAGGCGCUUGAGUCAGUUCCAUCACUGCAGUUUUCCCUCCAGGAGACUAGCACUGAUGUCACUGAAUUAACAGCCUCCAUGGCAGGAUCUCAGGAGAGCAAGAUAAACUGAUUUUGUUACUAAUUUUUCCUAAUGCCUGCAAAGAAAUACGUCUCGAGACUCAGCUCUUGGUCAUGCAAAUUGUUUACAUGACGUAUAGGAACAAAAAUGACGCAAUCUUGAAAUGAUGCAAUUUUGGAGAGGCAAGCCACAAUUAAUGGACCGUUCCAGACAGUUCCCCGCACGCAUAAGAAUAGUGUUACCGUUCUACAAAAAGCUGUAUUUUUCUAUUUAUUUCUAACUAUAUAGAGCAUUUCUAUAUUUGUAUGUUAGCACCUUUUGGUUGCAAAUGAGAAUUUCUGCCGAGCUCCACUUUCUAUGGAAAUCACAUGUAUAUACCCUUUAUGCUUUAAUCUGUUUUUAAAGGAAGCAAGUUUUGAUGGUGUGGAGAUGCCUUGAGUGAACCUGGAAAAAUUAAUGGGUUGGAUCCAAGUUUAACCAUGUUCAGAGUAGGCCAGUUGAAAGCAGUUAGGCUUAAUAAUAGCCACGAUUUCAACUGAGAAAUUUCAGUGGGUAUAUUCUAAACAUGACAAAGUUGGGUCUUAACCCAACAUUUUGAAUUCCAUUAAAAUCCAUUGGACCUCGCAUGUUAAAGGAUUCAUAACUCGGGGCUGACCUAUUCUUCCUAAACCUCUCUCGCUAACUUGCUAAGGACUUGAAUAACAAGAAAUGUGGGUGUAUCUGCUGUUUUGCUUGGUUGUGGCUGUGAUAGCUUGCCCUGAAAUUGUCAGAGGCUGUCAUUGCUUGGGUCCCUUUGUUUCCAUGGAGUUCAUAAUUCAAAGCAAGCAAAACAGCAGAUACACACAAUCUU